AUGGUCAGCGAGCAGAUGAAGCAGUGGGGCGAACAGCUUGCCAGCACCACUUCCCUACAGGACAAGCGCGCCCUCGCUGCGUUGAUCAACAGCUACGCCGCCGUCCUCAACACCAACGGCCUCUUCGACCUGGUGAUGGCCUGGCUCCGCGGGCGCAAGAUCAACACCGAAAUCCCUCCGGCGCUGCGCGACGAGCUCAAGACCGACGACAAGAAGCGCCAUGGCCGCAGGCUCGAGACCCUGAUGGAGAUUCUCGCCGCGCAAAUUCUUGCCGGGAAGCAAGCCGAGGCCGCCGAGGCUGGGGGCGACAACCUGAAGGAGCAAGUCACCUGCAUCUGCACGAAUGUGAAGGGAUGCGCCUCGCAGCACGUGUACAAAGCCAGCCACCCCCCUGCCAACGUGCCACCCUGUUACGAGAAUCUGCCGGCGCCCGACCCUGAAUACGUCCUCACCGAGUUGCUGAAGGACAUCGAGGCCUGGCGCGAAUCCAAUCGAGAAGGUGGUGCCCGUCCCGCGGCCGCUUCCGUGGCCGAAGUCCUGCUCCGCCUCACCCAGGGCAGCCGCCGUUGGAUGAACCUCGGAGAGCAAGAUCGCGAGGAUUUCUUCGAAAAAGUGGCCGGCGACAUCGUCGGCAAAGCGCUCGGUCCGCGUCGGGCCAAAAAGACGAAGAGCCUCAAAUCGAUCAAGCACCUGAUGGAGCGCACUCUCGGCGACAUCGACGAAUACUUGCUCCGCGACGCCCAGGAGAACAAUCUGAUUCCCAAGUCGAACGGUGCGGCCGUGCAAGCCUCUAUUGCCCUCAAACUGGCCGAAAUCGCGCGUACCGGCAAAGUGCAGACGAUUGAUGACGCGUUCUUCGUCGCCGACGAGCUCGUUUCCGAUGUGGCCGCGCAGCAAGCGCCCCGUGGC